UCAUUGCAGUUUAGGCAAGUGUGGGGUUUACGGCGUUGGACUGCGUCUCUCUUCUUGAAAAAAUAUUCAAACCCUAGCUCCGAACGAGCUUGGUCCUAGCUAUUCUUUCCUUGUCCGCCGACGGUUGUCGGUUGCCUCUCCUCGGCCGGAAAAAAAGGAAAUCCAAAUGCUUUCGACUGCUGCAAGCCCUCCGUUUUGGUUCCGAGCGCCGUCUCCAAUUCGCCAUGGUGCCAUACUUUUCAUCUUAUCUCAUCCAAGUGCCUCAUCAGGCUUCUUUCCGUCUCAGCCAAGGGCUUUCUUACGCUUCGAAUGCUUUGGACGUCAGCGUUUUGCUGGUUCAAUGUAUCAGUGCAGUUGAGAUUCGGAGCUGACCAGCUCGGGCACUUGGACGUGCUAGUUGGUGCUCAAACAAGCAUGACAAAAUUUUCGUCAAGAAAUGGUUGUCUUACUCAAAGAAGACAAUGCCCAUGUGGGAUUGAGACAUGUUUUGUUAGGAUUGAAGGGGACGAAGAAGAUUUGUCACCCGAGUCUUUAAUAGAAGCUAGAAUUCCACAUGGACCAUUCAAAAUUUCUUUGGAAAGAAGCUCAGUUGAUAGCUCACCUUAUGUAGGCCAGUCCUUCCGAACUGAUGAUGAGGCUCAGAAUUACUACACCAAUUUUGCUAGAAAGAAUGGUUUUGCCAUUCGUAGAGAGCGGUCGAAAGGCAACCCUACUCAUCCUUUAGGAGUUUACAAGCGUGAGCUUGUCUGCCAUCGUGCUGGCCAAUCACUCCCAAGGAAGACAGCUGAGCUCAAACGCCAACGUAAUAAGAAAUCAUCACGUUGUAAGUGUGAGGCUCAAAUGAUUAUAAAGAAGAAUGUCUCUAAAGGUGUUUCUCGAUGGGUGGUUAUACAAUUCAGUAAUGUGCAUAAUCAUGAACUGCUGGAUAGCGAGGAAGUACGCCAUCUUCCUGCGUAUCGGAACAUAUCUUCAGUUGAUCGUGAAAAUAUAUUAUCCCUUGCAAAGCGUGGUUUUACUGUGAAUCAUAUAAUGAAGGCACUUGAGACAGAGAAAGGAGUAAAAGCUGGUCACUUAACUUUCACAGAGAGGGAUCUUCGCAAUUUCCUUCAGGCUUCUAAGAACAUCAAUAAAGAAAAUGAGGGAACUGAGCUUCUCAAGGCUUGCAAGGCUAUGAAGGACAAGCGUCCAGAUUUUCGUUUUGAGUUCACAUUGGAUGACAGUGACUGUGUAGAGCACAUUGCUUGGUCAUAUCCAGAAUCAUUUCAAGCUUACAGAUUGUUUGGGGAUAUUGUGAUUUUUGACACAAGUUAUAAUUUGUAUGAAUAUGAUCGGCUGUUUGGAGUUUGGUUUGGAUUGGACAACUAUGGUAAUGUCAUAUUUUUUGGGUGUGUUCUGCUGCAAGAUGCUAAACCCCAUUCACAUAGAUGGGCCUUGCAGUCAUUUGUUAGAUUGAUGGAAGGGAAAUUCCCACGAACGGUGCUGACAGAUCUGGACAUGGGGCUUAAAGAUGCUAUGAUGAGUGAGCUACCAAGUACAAAGCAUGUUUUUGCCAUAUGGCAUCUUACGUCGAAGUUAUCGAGUUGGUUUUCAACUUUACCUGGUUCACAGUUUGAGAAUUUUGUAUCGGACAUGCUGAGAGUGUGCAAUUUGGAUAGUGUGGUAGAAUUCGAUCAUCAGUGGAAUCAGAUGGUUUUAGAUUUUGGACUCGACUCUGAUAGACAUAUAGCUAUACUCUCAUUUCAUAGAGAGUAUUGGGCUCUGCCAUAUUUGCGAGGCUGUUUCUUAGGUGGAUUAAUGAGAAGUGGUCGUCCUACUUCAGUCAAAUCAUUCUUCAAAGGGCCCUUGAAUUCUCAGACACGUCUCAGGGAUUUUUUUGAGCGGGUUGGGACUGCCAUUGAUUUCCUAAACCAAGCUGGAGAAGAAGCCACACUGCGACAAAACUACCAAAAUAUUAAGACCAGAACGUGCAUGCCCCUCGAGGAACAAGCAUUGCACAUCCUCACACCUUAUGCCUUCGACAUGUUUCAGAGAGAAAUUGUAGAAUCGAUGCAAUUUGCGGUGUAUGAAACGGAAAGAGAAAGUUAUCUUGUUCGCCAUCGGUUGAUGAUCGAAGGAGGACACUUUGUAAGGUGUAUCCAACCAGAUGAUGAGAUUCAAUGCAGCUGCCAAGAGUUCGAGUCAUCCGGAAUUCUUUGCAGGCACAUCCUUCGUGUGCUCUCAUUGAAGAAUUAUUUCAUGCUUCCUGAUAGAUACCUUUUAAUUCGAUGGCGCCGAGAAAGCUCAUUGUUUCCGAAAAGCUCAGGCUACAAGUUCCGCUCACAAGCAUUGCGCUCGCUUGCUUCGAUCGUGAUUCAGGAAUCAUCAUUAACAAAGGAUCGGUUCGAUUAUGCGCAGUGGCACAUGAGUAAGCUUCUGACUCAUGUGAGGGAGAUGCCUACUACAGUUGAUGAAACCACUGCAGAUGUGGAGCCAAGCUCAUUAUAUGAUGCUGCUGCAGCCAACCUUGUUUCUCAACAGACAACAGCCAGGACUAGGCAUAAGAAGUUGAAAAAUGUCGCCCAAGCUGAAGCUGAAGUCAACUUGGAUGUGGCAGAAUCAUAGAGGUCAUGUUCAGUAAAUGUCGCGUGUGGAGUAUUUCCUUCGGGUUAUGAUCUUCAUCUAAAUACGUUACAGAAAUUAGUUUUUUUAGGGAAUUUGUUUGAUAUUUAUAUGCCAUAUGUGCUGAGUCUGUUCUGCUUGAUUUUGGAGAGAGCAACAUGUUUCCGUAAACUUUGUAAAUAUUGCUCAAGCUUAACCGUCCUCAUUUAGCUU